GAGAAGGCGCGCCACUAUGUUCUUCUUGCGGAGCCGGCGUUGACUUCGUCGAUGGCUCACCCGACCAUGAGUUCAUCCGGGACGACGACGAUGGAGGAGGAGAGCGGCAAGGGGCAUCCGCAGCACCCACACCACUUCGUGCUGGUACACGGCGUCUGCCACGGCGCGUGGUGCUGGUAUAAGGUGGCCACCCUGCUCACCUCCGCCGGCCACCGCGUCACGGCGCUGGACAUGGCGGGGUGCGGCGCCAGCCCCGCGCGCGGCGAGGAUGUGGCGUCCUUCGAGGACUACAGCCGGCCGCUCCUGGACGUGGUGGCCGCGCUGCCGCCCCGGGAGCAAGCGGUCCUCGUCGGACACAGCUUCGGCGGCAAGAGCCUCGCGCUGGCCAUGGAGAGGUUUCCUGACAGAGUCGCCGCCGCCGUGUUCGUCUCCGCCGCCAUGCCCGCCGCCGGCAACCCCAUGACGAUCAUCUUGGAAGAGUUUUCGAAAGAAACAGGGCCAGAUUUCUACAUGGAUUGCGCAUACAGCGCCAGCAAUCCUGAGUGUCCAGCGUUGGAGACAGUUCUGCUAGGGCCAGAGUACUUGGCCAAGAGAUUGUACCAGCUCAGCCCUCCUGAGGAUCUGACCUUGGCAAAGGCGAUGGUGAGGCCAUCCCGAUCGUUCCAGGAGGACGCGAUGCUGCAGAGGAACAACGUGCUGACGGCGGGAAGGUACGGCGCCGUGAGGCGGGUGUGCAUCGUCGCCGAGGACGACGCGUCAUGGUCGGCGGAGUUCCAGCGGCGCAUGGCCUCGUGGAGCCCCGGCACCGAGGUGAGGGGCCUGCAGGGAGCUGAUCAUAUGGCCAUGCUCUCCAAGCCAACAGAGCUCUCGCACCUUCUUGUUGAGGUAGCCAACAAUACAAGUACAGUUGAGAGGCAUAUUGUUCUUAUCUGAUUUGAAACCCUGCCUGAGUAUCAGCGACGUUUGGUAGCUGAAUCGGUUCGGAAAGAUGUACAAAUCUUGCAUCCACAUCAUGAAAUAAGAUGUACGAAUCUGAACAUUGUUAUAUCUUGCUUAAUAUAAGUGGGCGAUUUUUUCAUGUGGUGGUCAAUCAAUGGU